ACGCAUGUGUGGAAAAGCGUUCUUGCCAGUCUUUGCUAGCAACACUGUGCGGCAGCCUGACCACGCUGCACAGUAAAGAACACAUGCUAUGAAUGACGUAGAUAUAGCAACGUACAUGUAAAAGCACAGUGUGAUUAUUUAUAUUAUAAGCUAUCGACAGCGAUGUUGUUAAUGUUAAUCUGAACGACAUAUCCUCCCACAACAUGUCUCUGUGCUUUCGCGCUUUACCCAGCAGACUAUCGUCGCUUGUUAGCAGCCGUAAAUCGUUGUCGAAGCUUGACCGUUAUCAAUUGCGAAAAAACACAGAGUCGUCCGCCUUUUUGAAGCAGUUUUUGAAUACACAAAGAAUACCCAUAAGAACCUCUGCUACAAGCAAGACACUGAUACCUGCUGUGGAUUAUGUAUUACAUCAAAAUUUAUUACCUGCCUCUCUUGACACUUGCUGUCAAUGGAACAAGAGGUCAAUUGGUCAUCGGUUAUAUCGAUAUGACAAUGAACGGAGAAGUAUAAUAUGUUGGUCGCAAAUGCGCAGGUCACAAAGGUUGCAAAGGCUAAGUGUUAUCGCCAAAAACAGGAAACAUAUACCAAUAGAAAUCAUAUUGGAUGAUGUUACAGUAUUUGAGAUACAAAGUGUUAUAGGCAAAGCUAAAAAUAAUUCAUUUCUAGAUAAUAGUAGAGUAGUUGUACCUAUUUUGGAAGAUCUUUGUAGUAGUCUAAAAUUGAAUACCAAAAGCAACAUAUUAUUCAUGGAUGAUGUGACUGCUUUAAAAACGAAUCAGCAACAAUCAUUAUCAUCACCACCACAAGAUAAUGAGGGUAAACCAACACAGGAACAACUGCAAUGUGUACUCGAUUGUCUUAGUCAAGAUUUACCAAAGUUGUUUGUGAAGACUCAAAACUAUACAAUAUAUAGUGAAGAUAUAAUCUUCAUCAAUAAUAUAAGAGGAGCAACAACAAAGGGGCUUCUGAAUUAUGUGAAGCAACUAGCACUUUUAAAGAUGUUUGGUCACAUAAAAUUCGCAUGUAUCAAAUUCGAUAUUGUAAAAAUUACGAUGCAUACUGAAGAUGCUACAGUGAGAGUCCGUUGGCGUAUACGGGGUGUUUCAAACAUAAGAAUGCUCAGAGCACUUUGGAAGUAUAAAAUGUGGGAUAUAAAUAAAGCUUUAGAAAUGGAUGCUGAAAUGUGGUAUGACGGCUUUUCUACCUUCUAUGUGAAUAGUGAAGGAAAAAUUUAUAAGCAUGUUGCAGAUAAAGUAAUGCCUGAUCAAGAUGUGGCGGAAAAAAAAGAUAACCUGCGUAUUGCACCAAAAUUAGCACUAUUCACAGGUUUGACAGACGUGUUCAACGAUAAUUAAUGUUUUUUCAAGUUAAACACUAAAUUAAAAUUGCACCGAUUAGAAUAAAUGAUUCGAUGAAGACGAGACAAUUUACAGAAAUAUAUAUGUGAGAAGAAAUGGCUUCCUCAUGUAUCAAUGAUUCCUAUGUAAUGUGUUUUAUUGCGAAUUUAUCAGUACAGCAAGCAAAAAGAGAUUAACAGUGCAAACAAAUAUGAAUUAAAAGAAUGUAUAUUGCUAAUGUAUUUUUUGUAUAAUUAUAAACUACUUGCAUCCAUUUGUUUACCAAUCAGAAUAAAAGUUUGCAUAGAUAUUUCUCUGUAAA